AUGUCUCGAAAGGUGCCUCAUCACGCAAUGUGCAACGAAGUUUACGAAAGAAACUCGCCAAAAAAGCCUCAAAAAUUGCCCUCGAUCAAAUGCAAACAUAGCUUUCGUGAUUUUCGAUGCGAGUCGAGUCGAGGUAAUCAAUCAUCUAGCUCGUUUAUACAGGACGAGGAGCGACGGGUUCAGGAGAGAUGUGUGAAAAUGCUUAUGAUUAAACUAGCCAACAAGGAGAAAGAGGUAGAGAUGCUGCGGUGCAAACAGAAUGUAAUUGAUGCGCAAUCAGCAGGACGUGAUCUACAACAACAGAACCAUCAGAAAGAGCGUGAUCUAGCUUUUGAUCAGUUGACUUUGAGAAACCAAGAGCUGCAACGACAAGUACAAAUAUUGCAGACCCAAUGCCAACAACAUCAAAAAGAUAGCAAAGCACACCAUACUGCUGCACUUGAGCAUAAGAGACUACUCCAGGAAUGCGAAGCACAAGCCAAAAAUGAUAAGAAAGCCACCCACCACAUUUUAGAGGAGCUACAAAAAGAACAACAACAAAGUAUAAACGACCGAAUCGAUUUACGAAACAAACUACACAUAGGAUUGCAGAAAGAGGAAUCUCUUAGCAACCUGGUGAACCAGCUUGAAUUUAACAAUUCUAGAAUUGAAGGCGAGCUUCAACAAUUGAAAGGCAGCUACCAGCAUUUACAAGAGGCUUUGGUACAGGAGCAGCAGAAGCGCAUGGAUGCUGAAACUUUGGCGAAGAAGAUCAAAAUCGAGAAGGUUGCUUUGGAAGACAAGCAGAGAAGAUCAAUGAAGAUUCUUAAAGUUGCUAACUCAAAGGCAACUGACAUGGAGAAAAAGCACAAAAGGCUUUCACAAGGCGAGAAACAGCUAGCACAGCAGCUAACAGCUCUGCAGAGUGAAAAUUCUGAGUUGAAAGCACGCAAAGAUCGAAUGGCUGCGCAGAUACAGCACUUACAAACACGACUAGCAAUUCUUGAAGGUACCAACGCCGUCCGAGAGCAAAAAUUGGAGAGUGUUACCUCCGAGCUGGAAAGUGCGCGCAAAUUCGGUCGCGACACCCAAUUUCGCAUCAAAGAGCUCCUUGAAGAAGUUGUUUUUUUAAAGAAUCGGAAGAGAUUGACGCAGCAAAUGACGUGCCGUGCUGGAUGA